AUGAGCGCAAGUGAAGAACCGCUUCCUCCUGGUUGGGAUGCAAGAUAUAACCGUAAUUAUUUUGUUGAUACGAAAACGGGAGUACCCCAAUGGGUGGAUCCUCGCAAGCACUCUAACGUGUCGCACAGAUCUUCUGCAUCAAGCUCGACAGUCUCAUCCGGAUCAGGCACACCAGUUAUGCAUAAUCAACCUAUUCCCGCUCGAACGGGCUCCCCGGUUGGGCAUAUGGAGACCUCGCCAAUCUCAAACGGAGCGCCCGGAAAUAUGAAUGUCAAUAUAUCACAGAUAUGUGCUCAGACGGAAAGUUUAAGCAUAGCAGACUCGAGAGUAUCGCAGGCAAUGCCGCAAUCAGCGCAAGUGUCUACUACGAAUUAUCAGUCUUACAAUGCACUCGUUACGCCGGAAAAUUUGAAUCGACAGGCGACUCCGGGCUUCAAUAUUCAAGCACAAACUCUGAAUCAAAAAACUGCUGUGACAUCGCAACAGAUGACUAUGCCAUUGCAAACGACAAGUCAGCCGAUGACGAAUCCGUCGCUCACAAUGCCGCAACAGACAACAAUACCACCACAGCAGUCGACUAAUUCGCCGCUCACAAUGCCGCACGCUCAUACAGGAGGGCGUGCACACAGCGAAUCGAGUUCACCUGAUUCUGUGCAUGCAGCGUUGGGUUGGCAGAAUCCUCAGCGCACUUCGACUCAACCAGUGCCCGAAUCGAUGCGACCAGCAUUGAACCGGCAUAGCACAACGCCAGCAAAUUUAAACUCUACACUUAAUAAGACUCAACAGCCACCGCCCGUACCAACCACGAAUGUAAAUGCUGCACAACCAGUGGCUGCUUACCCAGUAAAACAGAACCCCGCCAUUCCUGGAGGAAUAGUUUCUCCUAAUAUUCCCGGAGCACCUGCCACGGGACAGACACAGUAUAUACUUCGUACUGAUGCAAAUGGAAAGAAAUACUACGUUCCAGUUCAAGUACAAAGCGCUGCUGUUAAUAAGAACCCCCAAGCAGUUAAUGUGCAAGCGGUGCCUGCUGGCCAGCCGGUUGUUAUGAAUGGUAAACUUGUAUAUUUGCAACAAGGUCAGCAAGUACAGCAACUUCAGCCAGCAAUAUACAAUCAAUCACAAUACAAUCAAGCACCAUCAGUUUUCCAGCAGAAAUUAUUGAGUGUGGGGAAAGAGGUUGGGAAAGCCGCUGCUAGACUUGCUGCUUAUAUCGUUAGUCCAGGAGUAGCAACUGCUCCCGCUGCAGGAAGAACGCAAGCAAAUCCACAGCCAGCUAAACAGAAACCAAAGCAACAGCAAUCGGGGAUGGCUACCACCAUCCUAACUAACCAAUCUGAUGAUUCAGGGGGCUUUAAUUUGGGUGAUAUGAUGCAGAACUUUGGUGAUAUGGCACAGGAUCUUGAUCUCGGCGAUAUGGCAUCGAAUAUCGGCGAUAUGUUCUCGGGCGAUGAUUGA